AUGUCGCUCAUUGGCUACAUAUCGAAGGAGGAGAAUUGGGAUCAGAAGCACCAAGACCUUUCGGACUCAUUUCGGCUCUCAAAGAGAAUAAAGGAGGACCUCAGUUGGUGGUUAGAGCCAAACAGACUCAACCAAGGACUCUCCCUGCAGUUGUCGAGCCCUCGCCUAGUGUUAUUUACAGACGCCUCGGAACUAGGAUGGGGAGCAACUCUAGGCUUGAGAGAAGUGUCAGGCACCUGGAGUGGGGAACAGGUGUCCUGGCAUCAACAAGAAGGAACUAGCAGCAGUGCAUCUAGCUCUCGUUCACUUCGAACCUCAAGUCUUGGGCUCCGUGUUGCAAGGAAACUCGGACAACACGACAGCUCUAGCCUACAUCAGGAAGCAGGGAGGGACCCACUCAUUCUCCCUUUUCGAGAAAGCAAGGGAGCUCCUUCUUUGGACCGAGGAACGGAAAAUAACUCUCCUAACCAGAUUUAUCCAAGGGGAAAAGAACGUAAGAGCAGACCUUUUGAGCAGAAGGGAUCAGGUCCUUCCCACGGAAUGGACGCUGCAUUCAGAAGUAUGCAACAAGAUCUGGAACCUCUAGGGGAGACCCAAUAUCGACCUCUUCGCAAUGCAUUGGAAUGCGAGACUGGAGAAAUACUGCUCACCAAUAUCAGAUCCAAGGGCAGAGGCAGUAGACGGUCUCCUUCUAAAUUGGGAGGGGAUCGACGGGUACGCUUUUCCUCCUUUCAAGAUCCUAGGAGAGGUAGUAAGAAAGUUCGUCUCUUCGGAGGGAGCAAAACUGACCCUCAUCGCUCCAUUCUGGCCAGCACAAGAUUGGUUCACAGAGGUACUGGAAUGGAUGAUAGAUUUCCCGAGGUCCCUUCCACUGCGGAACGAUCUUCUCAGACAGCCCCACUUCGACAGAUACCACAAAAACCUCCCCGCUCUCGGUCUGACUGCCUUCAGACUGUCGAAGGACUCGUCAGAGCGAGGGGGUUUUCACGCAAUGCUGCGAAUGCUAUUGCAAGAGCCAGAAGACCUUCAACUCUACGGGUGUAUCAGUCAAAGUGGGAGGUGUUCCGAAGGUGGACCAGGGCCCAGAAAGUAUCCUCUUCCAGUACCUCUGUGACGGAAAUAGCUGACUUUCUCCUUUAUUUGAGGGAGAAAUGCAAUCUAGCUGUUACCACAAUAAAAGGAUAUAAGAGCAUGCUGUCCUCUGUUUUCAGACAUAGGGGCCUUAAUAUCUUGGAGAACAAGGAUCUACACGACUUGAUAAGGUCCUUCGAAACCUCGAAGUCCAAAACAAUAAGACCACCUAGUUGGAACCUGGAUGUGGUUCUUAAAUACUUGAUGUCCGAGAAGUUCGAACCUCCUCAUACUUCCUCUUUCAGAGACUUGACUAGGAAGUCUCUAUUUCUCUUUGCACUAGCUUCUGCUAAGAGAGUUAGUGAGCUUCAGGCUUUAGAAGGAACAGUGGGCUUUAAGGAAGACUCUGCGGUAUGCUCUUUUAAUCCUCUGUUCUUAGCGAAGAACGAAAACCCCUCUAAGCCAUGGCCAAGGACUUUUGAAAUUAAGGGACUGUCUUCUUUGGUAGGGAGAGACGUAGAAAGGACUUUGUGUCCAGUCAGGAUACUCAAGUUCUACUUGGAAAGGAAGAAGCUACUUGGUGGAAAUGUGGAUAGUUUUUGGUGCUCGGUAAGAAAUCCUAAGAGAGCGAUUUCUAAGAAUGCUCAAGCGUUUUUUAUUAGAGACGUAAUUAGAGAAGCUCAUGCUUCCUGUGAAGAGGAACACUUUAGACUCCUAAGAGUCAAAGCUCAUGAGGUCAGAGCCGUAGCUACCUCUUUAGCUUUCCACAGGAAUAUGUCUCUACAGGCGCUUGUUGAAUCCACCUACUGGAGAUGCAAUUCAGUUUUUACAUCUAGUUACUUAAGAGACGUGCGAGUCACUUAUGAUAAGUGCUUCUCCCUCAGACCGUACGUGUCUGCGGAUUCGUUGCUGGGGCAAGGAGCUGAAACUAAUCCUUUAUAG